GCUCGCCUGCUUCUGUUCAUCAUCUUCUCCGCUCUCCCUAAUCCAAAAAAGGCGGCUCCUUUGCUCGUACGGCGCCUCGCGCGGAGGAGGAGCAGGAGCUACCUUGCGGGAUGGACGCCAUGGCCGUGCUCGCGAGGACAGCCCGUCCCGCCGCCCCGACCCUCGCCGCCGCCGCCGCGCCCCGGCUCCCGGCGUCGCUCUCCUUCGCCGCCUCCUCGGGGCCCCGCGGCCGCGUCGCCCUGAGCGCGGGGUGGGGCGGGAGGGCGGCACGGGCUCGCGUCUCCGCCGGACGCAUCGUCGCAUCGUCGGUUGAGCAAUCGUAUAUUAUGAUCAAACCUGAUGGUGUUCAGCGAUGCCUGGUCGGUGAGAUUAUUUCCCGUUUCGAGAAGAAAGGCUUUGUGUUGAAGGGCUUGAAGCUUUUUCAGUGCCCCAAGGAGUUGGCACAGGAGCACUACAAGGAUUUGAAGGAUAAGCCUUUCUUUCCCAGUCUGAUCGAAUACAUAACUUCUGGCCCUGUUGUUUGCAUGGCCUGGGAGGGUGAUGGUGUUGUUGCAUCAGCUCGCAAGUUAAUAGGAGCUACUAAUCCCCUUCAAGCUGAACCAGGGACCAUAAGGGGUGAUCUUGCAGUUCAAACAGGAAGGAAUGUUGUCCAUGGAAGUGACAGUCCAGACAAUGGCAAGCGUGAAAUCGCUCUAUGGUUCAAAGAAACUGAACUCUGCGAAUGGGAAUCUGUUCAGACACCUUGGCUUAUCGAGUAAUGCUCAUGGAUCAAUGCAAGAACUGGAUCCAGUGCUUGGUCUUUGAUUCGAGGGGCUAUAUACGAGUCUAGUUCAGCGGAGUAAAGUAGCUAAUGUGAAAUCUUGGCCUCAUCAUGAUUAUACAUUUUUGUAAUACCAAAUAUUCGUGUUAUUUUUGUCUUGGACCAAUCCUUUGUUGUCAAUGCCUGGAAUUGACCAGAAUAAAACCAAUAGAGCUUCAAUUUCCAAA